AUGAAGAUGGUGGGCAAGAUGGGCAAGAUGGAGGAGAAAAUAAGUGUGAUGAAGGAUGAAAUAGCCAGGAACACAGAAGAUGAGGACGAGGACGAGGACGAGGACGAGGACGAGGACGAGGACGAGGACGAGGACAAGGAAGCAAUUCUAGGAUAUUAUGUCAUGAUGGGUCCAUCAUUUGUGGCACAUUGCCGGCAAAAGGCCGCCGAAGAGCUUGAAGCUGAGUUUCGUGAAGACAACUGUAUCAACGCGGAUGACACUGAAGGGAAAGGGUUCCGUCUGCAGGCGGAAGGGCUGUGGCGCAAAAAAUUUGGCAACUUCUUGAAAUACAUUCCUGGGGUUGGGUCAAGGGAAGAGGUGAAGAACUCAGUUGAAGAUCAAGAUGACACCAAGUUGUUCCAUUCCUCCGCCACUCGUCAUGACCAGGACCUCGAGGAGGUCUUGCUGGAGUUCGACACCCUGUACAUCAAGUUGUGGAAGCUCAUGAUAGAUCUCAACACCGACUUGAUGCUCAGACAAAGCUUGACCGCCACAAGUGAUGCCCGGAGUUGUCGUCCUCAGUGCUCCAAGGCGUUGAGCAAGAUUUGCAGCUCCCUGCAACAGAUGCAGAAGUUUGAAGAAGAAGCGAAGAACUCCCUUUCCACCUUUCAUGGUGCUCUAGACUUUGCGUUCCGAGUUCAUGUUGGAUUUGCACAGGAAUCUGUCAUUGGCCUGGAAAAAGCGCGAGAGAGGAUGGAUGUUGCAAGUAUACAGCUGAAUAUUGUUGAGAGACAGAAUGAGAAGAAGAAUCAGAUCCCGGAGUUGAAGAAAAAGUUUGAAACCUUGGAGAAGGCGUACAAGAUGCAAGCCAUGCUGGUCGAGUACUACCUGCCCGAUGUCAUUGUACAGGUGGAGUCGACGAUCUUGAAUGGGCUCCAUUCAUUCGUUCAUUCGGAAGUCCAGCGAUAUUUCUCAGCAUAUAAGAAGAUGCAGCCAUUGCAGUAUGAUGUCUCCUUCUUGGAGGGGACCCUCUGCAAGGAAUUCGAGCCCCUGGAGCGAAGGAGAGUGCAGGCGAAGCAACGCCGCCCGCAGAUCGAGGACGUGGUGAAGUUGGUGAUGUCACCAGCUGACAACUUUGCGAUACUCUCUGCCGUGGUCUCCUUCUGCACCAAGGGAGAUGAGUUUCACUUCCGCAAGCAUCGCGAGACUCUCUCAGCCACAGUUCGCCUCCUUGAUGAUGUUGACAUGGUGCAUGUGUUCUCCAAAGUUGCUCUCAGGAACGAGUAUCGAACACUGGAGUCCCGAUCGAAACGAGACGACAGCGCUCACCUGGACUGUCUGCAUCCCGAAUCCCUCACUUGCAGAUUCCUUUCUUCCUGCCUGUCGGUUGGUCUGUCCGUCAAGCCUUGCGGAUGCCUCAUAGAGGGGGUCACCCAAGUGUGUGAACGCAACAAGCGCUUGUUUGCCUCUCGUGCGGAUCUGCAUGAAAACUCUGUGAUGGCAUUUUCUCAGCUCUUGUUCUCGGUGACUUCGAGCUCGAGCGAGUACCCAGGCAUCCUCAAGCUGUCCAUCAGCUUCAUGCUGGAGCUGCUGAAGAGAGCUGGGGUCAAGCUGGAGAUGCGCCUGAAGGCCGCGGUGAAGCUCUUCAUCCUUUCCUUGGUGGUGCCGGCCAUGCUCUAUCCGACAGAGUUCGGCGUUGAGGCGAAUUCCCUGGAUGAGGAGGACGGCAAGCUUCUGCGCGAGAUGGCAAAUGGCAUCAUCAGCUACUACACGGAGUCUCUCCCUCCGAGCUUCGGCGCUGCUUCAGCCUUCAAGGAGGUUGUUGAGGGGAUGCAACAGCACCUGAACCAGUUCGUUGACAGGCUGAUCAACAGCUGGGAAGAUCUCGCAAACUCAUCGAUCGACGAAGACGAGGAGCAGCUUGCUGAGGAUGAUGUUGACUGCCUCGUGGACUUCCUCAAGAGCCAUGGGGGGGUCGUGUCUGCAAGCCUCAAGGCGUCAGGGCAUUCUUCCUCGCUCAAGGCCCUGGAGGACUUCUUGAAGAGGGCUCUAGAGUCCUCCUCCAAGGACAGGAAGUCCAAGAAGAAAUCGCUCCUCCAGUCAGGUCGAGUCUGCACCAUCCCGGGCCUGGCCAAGAUCAAGAGCAAGGGCAGAAUCCUCGGGUUCAAGUACAGAGAGGCUCGAUCGGACGAGGAGGACGACGAGAGCAGCGAGAGCUCGAGCGACAUGGUGACGCAGAGCGUGUUCGACCACCGCAGGAUAAGCGCUGAGCGGGAGGAGAAGAGGAAGGAGGAGGAGUUCGGGGUCGGGCUGCAGUUCGAGUCGGACGAGCAGGGCUACUUCGUGGUGUCGGAGCUCAGCAGUGCAGGGCCUGCACAGCGUUGCGGCAUGAUCGACGUGGGCGACAUCCUGGUGGACAUUGACGGGCAGAACGUCUACCUGCACAAGAGCCCGUCCCUGCUCUUGCGCAAACUGCUGAGCGGGAAGGAGGGGACAUCGGUCCAGCUGGGAUUGCAGAAGCCGGGUUCAGGGCAGACCAGGCAGGUGAUGCUGAGGAGGAGCGAGCAGUACGACAACGAGAGCGCGACGCAGCGAGCAAGGAUGAUGACGUCAUCGGGGCAGAUGAGACCGAGGGUGCGAGUCAGGAAAGCGACUCUGUCCAAGGGCAAGUCGGAGCGGCUGAGGGUGACGGAGGAGCACGAAGGGAGGGGCCUGCAGGAUGGACUUCCCUCCCUCACCUCCACCUCCUCCGUCGGGUCGGAGCGACUGGAGCUGUCCGGGGUCGGGAUAACUCUGCAGAUGGGCGGGGAGUUCCCGUAUGUGUCGGAUAUCUCAGAGAAAGGCCCGGCCGAGAGGAACGGCUGCCUAACGCACGGGGACGAGAUUGUCUCCAUCAACGACUGCUCCUGCCGGGGGAGAACCUUCCAUGAAUGUUCCAAGAUGCUCAAUGGCCCCAUGGGAAGCUUCGUGAAGCUCGAGCUCCGCUCCUCGUCGGCCUUCGACGCCUCGGAGCAGCAGACGCAGGCAGUCAUGCUGAGGAGGACGUGGGUGCCUGACCUAGUGUGGAACGAGAUGGGAGACCAGGCAGCUCCUCUUCUCCCACAAGAGCAGCAGAAGCCUCCUCCUGCGGGCAGCAACGAGAUGUUUGGUGUCGGCAUCACUUUCGUGCAGACCGCAGCAGGUUUCUUCUCUGUGAAAAGGAUCGCGAGGAUGGGGCCUGCUGACAUUGCCGGGACGGUCAGGACAGGAGAUGUGAUCCAGACGGUCGACGGGUUCAGCGUGCGAGGGAAGUCCAUGAAGAAAUUCGCCGGCAUGAUCCUCGGCCCCCUCGGCACCAUCGUGCAGCUGGGGGUCCUUCGAGGAGAAGAGGAGGAGUUUCACCUGAUCCAGCUCGAGAGAGGUCCAUCGUCAGUUGAGACUGAAGAGCCCUACAAGCCACAGACCGCUGAGCUCGAGAGCUCCCCCGCCGUCUCUCUUCGCGAGCAGAAGCCGAGCAACGGGCAGGAUGAUGCCUCAAGCUGCGGCAUCGGCAUCAAGUGCGAGAGAAACGAGGCAGGGGAGUACGAGAUCGCUCAGGUGCAGGAAGCAGGCCCGAUGGCGAGUUGCCAGGGUGUGGGAUCAGGAGACAUCAUAGUGUCUGUGGAGGGCAAGCAGCUGAAGGGGAUGGAGAAGAAGGAGGUGCGGGGCCUGCUGUUCGGUCCCCAGGGCUCGGCCGUGAACCUGGAGGUGCUGAGAGUGUCAGACCAAACCCUGAUGAGGCUGCGCCUGUCCCGCUUCCUCCCCUCCCCCUCUGACGAGCACGUAGCCCAUGGCUGUGUUGGGGUCGUGCUGGGGUCUCCCACGCAGCUGGGGUAUCCCGUGCUGAGCUUGUCGGACCCGAGCCUGCGGGACGGCAGGCUACUGCACAAGGACGAGACGCUUAUGAAGAUCGACGGAGUUCCUAUCUCAGCUGCAAGCGAGCUGCGGGUCCUGCAGUUGCUUGAGGGGCCUCGUCGGUCCAUUGCCUGCCUUGAGAUCCUUGACAGGGAUGGGCAGGAGCGCUCUGUCUUCGUCCCCCGGGGGCAGGAGAGAGCGGUGCUGCCUGCUGCUGGCGAGUGUCGGGGCGAGGUGAGCUUCGACGCGUCCGAGUACGGGCAGGGCUCGAGGAGCUCGGUUAGCUCGAGGAAGAGGAGCAAGGUCGGGCUGGGGAUGACCUUCAAGAUGUCGUCGGCGUCAGGGCAUGUGACUAUCAACCGGAUCAAGAGCCCCGACGUGCCUGCGCACGGGAUGAGGGAAGGUGACAUCAUCAUCUCUAUUGACGGCUCCGUCGUGCAGAACAUGACGGCCAAGGAGCUGACGGAGCUGGUGCUGGGCCCAGCGGGGAGUGAGGCUGAGGUGUGCUUCCAGCACCGGGGAGAGACAAGGAUCCAUAGGACGGUGAUGACCCGCAGCUCGCACGAGGGGAAGGCGGUGACAGGGGAGGCGAGCUGGACGAGCGAGCCGAGCAUGAAGGGAGAGAGCAUGCAAGGACUCGGGCUGACCUUCUGCAAGCCCGACGGAGAAAGGGGCAUUGUGAUCAAAAGGAUCAAGGAGGGAGGAGCGGCAGAGGAGAGCGGAGGCCUCGAGCCAGGGGAUCGCGUGAUGAGCAUCGACCAGCAGCCGCUCAUCUCAGUGAGCAGCGCGCUGCUGACGAAGCUCGUGAUGGGGAAGGAAGGAAGCGUAGCAAGCCUGGUCGUGCGCAAACUCGACGGGUCAGAGAGAACAAUCACCAUCCAGCGAAGAUCGUCGCUGGCACCCAGCCAGCAGCAGCAGCAGCAGCAGCAGCAGCAGCAGCAGCAGCAGCAGCAGCAGCAGCAGCAGCAGCAGCAGCAGCAGCAGCAGCAGCAGCAGCAGCAGCAGCAGCAGCAGCAGCAGCAGCAGCAGCAGCAGCAGCAGCAGCAGCAGCAGCAGCAGCAGCAGCAGCAGCAGCAGCAGCAGCAGCAGCAGCAGCAGCAGCAGCAGCAGCAGCAGCAGCAGCAGCAGCAGCAGCAGCAGCAGCCAGCGUCUGAGGGAGGGAGAGGAGGGUCCUUGUCAGGAGGCAAGGAGCCUCGACCUCGGCUGGUCAGGGAGAACUCUUUCGACUCGGUCAACAGUGAAUUGGGGGAGGCAUCGCAUGCGAGGGUCGGGAUCGGGCUGACGUUCUUCCCUCCCGACGAUGAAGAAGGGAUUGUAGUGAAGCGUGUCAAGCCGGACUCGCCCGCAGAGAAGGAGGGGAGCAUACGGGCCGGUGACAGGAUCAUCUCGAUCGACGGGAAAAGGAUCCGAGCGCGCGUCUCUAGCGAGACUUUGACAUCCCUGGUGAUGGGUCCAGCUGGGACGGCAGCUGACAUCAAGCUGGUCAGGGUCGACGGUCAGCAGGUCUCAGUGCGUCUCAACCGACGAGAACCCCAGCUGGGGUCGAGCUUGGGUCGCGAGGCGAGCCUGGAGUCCGUAGGGAUGCUCGCAGCUGGGCGGUGCGGAUUGGGGAUCACGUUCUACGACCCGAGGAGUCAGGGGGGGAGGCUGAUGGUGAAGAGAGUCAAGGUGGGGGGAGCAGCGGAGAGAAGCGGAGGGCUGCAGGCAGGGGAUGAGAUCCUAGAGAUCGAUGGAGUGAAGAUGAGCGGGGUUGGGACGAGGCAGCUGUCGUCGAUGAUCAUGGGAGAGGAAGGGUCCAAGUGCAGGUUGACGGUCAGGCACGGCGACUCGACGCUUUCCUCCGUCUUGCUGACGCGGACAAGCGCCGAGAGGGGCGAGCAGAGCAGAGCCUCCGAGGGAGGAGAUCGCCAACUUCAGAAGGAGGAGAAGCAGGAGGCAGGGGGUGCGAAGGCCCCGAGGAAGCUCGGGCUCGGGAUUUUAUUCGCGGAGAGAGAUGAGGGAGGAGGGCGAGUGAUUCUGAAGAUGAAGGCAGGGAGCGGAGCAGCUGAGACAGGAAAGCUCGAGCCUGGUGACCGUCUCGUUUCCAUCGACAGCGUCGAGCUGGAUGGUCUGGAUGACUCGGCUCUGCAGCAGCUGAUCGCCAGCUCGAGCGAGUCCCCUGCUGUCUGUGUGGUGAAGAAGGUCGAUGAGAGCAUGCGGCUUGUCAUGGUACCCCGGAAGCUAUACGAGGAGGAGGAGGAGGAGGAGGAGGAGGAGGUAGGCUCGAGACAAGUCGGGCUCGUGGGCCUUGGGAUGGUGUUCCUCAAGCCGGACGGGAAGGGGGGCCGAGUGAUCAAGCGCUUAAAGCCAGGCAGCGCGUCUGAGCUGUCGGGGAGGAUACGCCCUGGAGAUCGCUGCCUGAGCAUCGAUGGCAGCGAGUUGGGGAACAUGUCCGACGCGCAGCUGUCGCGGCUCAACAGGGGGGCGGAGGGAUCGGAGGUGGAGGUGAAGAUCAAGUCGAAGGAGGGCAGCACGUUCAGCCUCCUCCUUGCUCGCUCCUCCUUCGGCUCGAUGGACGAGGACCAGGAGCCCUGCGUGAGCGAAGCGAGCUUCGGGUCCUCCGUGUGGGGCAGUAGGAUUGGAGGACGACGGCAGUGUGGCUUCGGGUUGACUUUCUUCUCGUGGGACGGGACCUCGGAAGGUUUCCGGGUGAAGCGAGUGAAGGACGGAGGAGCGGCGCAGCUCUCAGGGGAGGUGGAAGAGGGAGACCUUGUGAUCUCCAUCGAUGGGAAGAAACUGAGCGGCUGCUCGAACAAGGAGGUUCAGGGGCUGAUCCUUGGAGCAGAGGGAUCUAUCUCCUCGCUCGAGGUACUGAAGAAGGACAAGACGAUCAAGUCCAUUCUGUUGGCUCGAGGAGGAAGAUUCUUGGACUCAGCUGGAGGGCAGCGGGAGGAGGAAGAAGAGCAGGAGGAGGAGGAGGAGAUUGUGCAUGAUGGUAACAGGGAGGAAGAAGAGUUCGCGAAUCCCGCUGAAGUUCAUCAGGGGGAGCAGGAAGUUGAUGGGGAGAAUGCCGAGCCAGCCCCUGCUCCUCCUCCAGCUGAUCUCCGGGAAGUCAGUUUCGACGGGUCUGUGUACGGAGAUGAUACGGAAGACGAAACAGGGAGGAGGAAGUGCGGGCUCGGAUUGACCUUCAGGCAGUCAGAGGAGGCAGGAGGAGUGAUGGUCAAGAGGGUCAAGCCGGGGAGCGGAGCUGAGUUGUCAGGUGGGAUCGCAGCUGGGGAUGUCGUGAUGAGCAUCGAUGGUCAGAGUCUAGUCAACCUCUCCAAGUCGGAGCUGACGGGGCUGACCAUGGGGCUGGAGGGUCAAGUGGCGACGCUGCGAGUGAGGAAGGAGACAGGGGAGGAGCGGGAGGUGGAGGUGAGGAGGGUGCGACCUUCGCUGACUGCCUCCUUCUCCGAGCUGGAGGUCCGCGAGUACGACCUGCUGAGCGGGGAGCUGAGCCGAGAGAGCUCGCGAGAGUCGCUGGAGGGAGGAAGGUCGUUGGAGCAAAGGAUGCCGAUCCCGAGGAGGAAGAGGGUCGGGCUGGGCCUGACCUUCUUCGAGCCGGACAGCAGCGGGGAGUUCGUGGUGAAGCGCGUGAAGGAGCACAGCGCGGCAUCUGGGCUCCUGGAGGAGGGGGACCGCAUCCUGUCGAUCGACGGGUGGGAGCUGGUGGGGAUGGUUCAGAGAGAGCUGACCGGCCUCAUUCUUGGGCCCGAGGGCUCCGAGGCGUCGCUGACAGUGAAGAGGAGAGGGGAGGAGACGAUCUCCAACAUCACCCUCAUACGCAAGGAGAUUGCUGACGUCAGCAAUGAGGUCGCUGGUGAGAGCUCUCAAGAGUCUCUAGGAAGCGAGGCGAGCAUCUCGUCGUCGACGGCAGGGGGCGAGAGAAGGGGAGGAGGAGGAGCGUGCGGGAUCGGUGAGUACGAGUGA